AUAACCCUCUACCAUUGUAAAAAAAAAAAAUUAAAAUAAAUAAUAACCCACUACCGAUUUCAUUCAAUGUCGGUUCCCUUUCGUAUCCGCCGCAAGUUGUCGACAUCGGAACUCUGCUUUACAUCAUAUCUCCCCCGGCGGUGUAUGUAAGAUUCAAAUUUGUAUUUGGUUCUCUUAUUCUCUUGACGGUCUUCUCAAUGUAUUAUCAAAUUUCGAUUUUCAUUUUCAGUUCCAAAUCGAGAUUGCUCCAAAAUUUGCUUGGCGUUUAGAUUACUCUUUUUUUUUUAGAAUUUCAUAGCUGCUGGUUACAAAAACAAAGUUUUUUGUUUUAAUCUGGCGCUUGCAAUUUUUUGAUUUUCAAUCUAUGAUUAUUAUGCUCUAUGAUUAUUUUCAAUCUAUGAUUAUUAUGCUCUAACCUUUCCCCAAUUGUUUUAUUAUAUUUGUCUUGCUCGCUCUAUCUUAAAAUUAAGCAGGUUUCCAAAGUUUUGGAUGGAGUUUCUCUCGAUUAUUCUCUUAGACCAACUUCAAUGCAAGACCCCAAAUUUGGAGACCUUCAUCCCCAAAUUUUGGGAUUGCCCCCAUUUUUUACAAUUUGGCUCCAAUGCUACAAACCUCAAAUUUGGGGAUCUCCAUUUUAUCCAUUUUUACAUUUACUUAAAAAUGUACUUAUCGAAGCCUUAAUAUAAUUCGUUAAUGUUAAUUUUUGGAUAGUUCGUCAUCAUUUUUAAAUACAAAUUUUUCGAUAGAAUUUUGUUAAAUUCCGAGACCUAAUUUUUUUGGCGAAAAAUUAUGGACAUAAUUUGGGUUUACACACAACACUUGAAAACGAUUGAUCUAAUUAAAUCCCUAACUAAUCCCCUAAUUAAACUCCAAUUAACCCCUAAAAUCUUAAAAAGUAAAAGAAAUGUCACGCGGCGGGCUUUGGGGAUUCUCUAUAUUUGGGGAACCCCCAUUUUCACUCUCAAAUUUGGGGAUCUUUUUGCAGAUCUCCCCCAAAUAUAGAGACUCCUCCAUUGAAGCUAACUUUUUUUCCAAAUAUAGAGACUCCUCCAUUUAUAGAGGCUCCAUUGGAGUUAGCCUUAAAUGUUUAAUUGGAGACUAUGUUUGUGAGUUUCUUUGGUUUGUUGGAUUGGGAAAUCGGUAGAUGGAAAAAACAAGAAUUUUGAUUACGUGGUAAUUAAAGUCUUUUGUGUGAUCGUAAAGAACUGAGACGAUUGGAUCUAAUCUAAUGAGAAGGGUGUAGCAGUUACAGUAAUGCAUCUAUCUAAUUGUCUGCUAGGGGAUGAAUAAUUGAUGUCCCCAAUGUUCUGCAUUUGUUGGCAUCUUUCCCUAUCAACAGAAUAAUUCCAUGAUAGUUCUAUUUAUCACCAUCAAUCCAUGAAACUGUACCGUACCGGCGGUUCAACCACAAAAUACCAGUAUCGGAGACUAAACUGGUAUGCGGUAUUUAACGGUACUAACGAUUGAACUACGGUAAAACCACGGUUUUGUCAUAAAAUACCUUACCGUUGACUUUUCCGGUACGAUCUCCGGUACGGUUUCAUGGACCAUUGAUCAAAGUAAAGCACCAAACCCUUCUGAUUUUGUGGCUUCUUAAACUUGGUUAAGUGUCUUUUAGAAGUGAUGGAUUUUGGUAUGACUAAGUCACUAAGAGUGUGAUUUGAUUGGUUUCCCCAUUAUAAUCAAGCAAUAAAUGGAAGACAAUAGUUCCAAGAAUAAUUGGAACAAGAGAUUUCCAUCUCAAUGCAUUCAGGCCUCAUUUCUAUCUGGUUGUAAACAUAUAAUCUCUCGGUCACUCUUAUCAUUGUUGCAUAUGUGAACAAAUUUGGAUAAUUAAGGAGCCAUCUGAAUAGGACUCAACCGGUGCUCAACUUCUCUAUCAACAACAGCGAAGAUCAUCUCAACUACGUCGUCAAGAUUCCCACCACCGCCUUUCUCUGGCCUAUUUUCCCCUUGCUCUAGAUUGUUAGUUGCUUCCUAGCUCUUUCUGCUCCCAUACAGUCAUAAUAUAUGAUUUUACUUGCAGAUGCUAAAGCAACUCAGCGACCAAACCCACUUUAUUGCCCAGGUGCUUUAAUUAACAGUAUGAUUAGCAUUUCUUCGCGUUUGCUAAGUGUAAGUGAUCGAGGGCUUUCAAGGUAGGUGAAGGAGUGCGAGCUCCUGAGGAGUAACUUCAGUGAUACUGGCUUCUUUAGUUUUGGUAUCCAGGAAGAUACAAUAUCUUGGCAUCAAGUGACUCUGUCUUCUAAUUGUAAUAUGCCUCAUUUUCUAUCAUUGCGUUCUAAGUAUAGGUAUUUUCUCAACCCCAUGCCUUAAUUAGAUUAUCUUAGUUAGUUAAGUUUCUGAUAUAACCAAUAAGGUAUGGUCUGAGUUCAUUCUGGAAGAAGAGGAUCACGUCGAUGGACCACAAAUUAUAGUCAAACUGCAAUGGUGAGCUGUACUAUUCCUCUCUCCAAGCAAUGGCUUUUGCUCAUCUAGGACACCUAAACCCCACUGUUGUGUUGGAACUUUGAAUUGUAUUUUUAUUGUCGUGCUUCCUAGGCUUUACGCCAUUCUUUGUCAUGCUUUAGAGACUUCCUCAGUUAACGCACACAUGAUUUUCAUCCCUGAUCCUUCAUUUGAAACAGAAUGUAUAGAUAACAGCCAAAUUGAAGAAGGGGAGACGUCAAUUCUCAACAAUGUCGUAAGCACAAGAUUCAGUUUCUGAUGUAAGAUCGGCAUUAGCCAGCUUCCCGGUUUAUGAUUAUGACAAGAUUCCUAGAACUUUACCCUCAAUAAAACUUGAUUGCUUGCUAAUUUGGCAUUGAACUCUGUAGUAUUAUUAUUGUGAGCGAUUGAUGUUUCAAUUCGGCCAAUGGGCCGUGUUCAAAGCUAGUAUAUAUAUAUAUAUAUAUAUAUAUAUAGAAAAGUGAAAGGGAUUGUAAACACACCAUUAAUCUAAUUUUUCUAUAAUCCGAACUAGUCUAAAACGAUAGAAUUUAAUGGAAAAAAUUUAUUCAUCGUUGACAACCAAUAAGACAGAACACACCACGUAGGCUAGAAUUUAGAAACCCAAAAUUAAAACUCUGUUCCGUUGACAUUUCAAAGUACGCACCGACGGAAUCAGUUUGUUUGGUAGAUAAAGUAGUCAGUCAACGUCUCUCUUUAUCUCUGCAACCUCUUCUCUUUCAACCAUUACAAACUUUCUGGCAUCCGUUCUCGUUCGAUCAAGAGACAGAGACAAUCUAUCAGAGAUCCACCCCCAAUUUGGAAGAGAAUCACUAAUGGAGUGGAAUCGAUCAGAUCCCUCCUCUGAGUCUGACUCUUCUUCCUCUGAUUCUACUACGCGGCCUCUUCCAGCCGGAAAGUAUGAGGUUUUCCUGAGCUUCCGAGGUCCCGAUGUGCGAACAACUUUUGCGGAUUCUCUCUACCACUUCCUGGUCCAUUCCAAGAUUCGCACCUUCUAUGAUGACGAAGAGCUCCGAAAGGGCGACAAGAUUGCUCCUUCGCUCGUCCGGGCUAUCCAUGAAUCUAAAAUCUACAUUCCAAUCCUUUCCCAAGGCUAUGCUUCCAGUAAAUGGUGCCUCGAAGAGCUCUCUCUCAUGGUGAAAUCCUUAAAUCGAAACCAAGGCCACAUCUUACUGCCCGUUUUCUACUUCGUGGAGCCUAGGGAUGUUCGACGCCAAGAGGGUUCUUAAGUCGAGCGUUUCUACAGCACAGUCGGAAAUACGAUGCAGAGACCAUAAAGAAGUGGAAGGAAGCUCUCCAAUUCGUCGGCCAACUGAAAGGAUGGCAUGUCACCGAAUCGGACAGGUAAGUAACGUUUUGAUGUUUUCUUUCUUCCUCUGUUCCUCUUUUCAUUUUGUAGGUUCUUUUGUAGAUUAGGUGAUGUGAGGCUCUUGUUUUAUUUCCAGACAAGGAGCUGUAAUAGAUAAGAUUUUCUCUCAAGUAUGGUCACAUUUGAUGGGAAGUUACAAAAUAGAGACGGAUGAGUUGAUCGGUAUUGAAUCCCGUGUUAAAGAAGUGAGGGAUUUGCUGGACUUAGAUGGUGAAGGUCUGAAAAUUGUUGGGAUUCACGGUAUGGGUGGUAUUGGCAAGACCACCAUAAGUAAAGCGGUCUAUAAUGAGGUCUCUUCAUGCUUUGAGCGUUCUUGCUUUCUGGAAGAUAUACGCGAAACAUUGUUGAAGAACGAUGGCGUCGUUACUUUGCAAAACAAGAUAAUUUCUAGCAUUCUGAGGCAUGACAGUCGUGUUAAAGAUACUAGCGAAGGGAUCCACAUAAUUAGAGACAAGGUUUGCAAGUACAAGGUUUUCAUUGUUCUCGAUGACGUAGAUGAGAAGUUUGAGUUCGAAAAAAUCCUUGGAAAACUACAAGAUUUUUUCUUUGGAAGCCGAUUUAUUGUGACGACAAGAGACAAAAGGGUUUUGGAAUUCUUAGAAGGAUGCAUAUUGUUCGAAGCCAAGUUAAUGAGUCACAAUGAUUCUUUUAAGCUUUUUGGAAAACAUGCCUUUCGAAUGGAUGAUCCCCGAGAAGAAAAUGCAGAUCUUUGU